AUGAGAGGUGAAUUAGAUAACUCAAAGACGAUAGAAAGUUUAACCAGUGAAGAUGAAGAAGAUUAUAUGCCAUUGCCUAUUGAGCCAACAAAAAAAAUUGAAAGCAAAUGGUCAGAAUUUAUUGAAAGAGAUGAAGUAACUGCAACAAAAAACGAAGACAAUGAUGUUAUGUUAUUGGAAAACAAAGAAGUUGUUCUCGAAAUACCAAAGAAAACACACAAGAAAAAGUCAAUAACUAAUCUAAAAUAUUAUAAAGAACACCAGGAAAUACCAGAACAACUGAAUCUAAAAACUGAUACAAACCAAGAAAACAAUAACAUUGAGUGUAACAUAAUUAAUCAAAUACCUACUGAAAUUAAAUAUCAAUCUAAAUUUAAAGGUCCUGCAUAUCAACAACAAAAAAGAAUAAAACAAUCUGAUUAUGAUAAUAUAGAAAACACUAUUAUUAACUUUACAUCACAAAAUGAAUCUAAGGAGUUACAUGAACCAAAGAAAUUAAAAUUUGUAUCUCCUAUUAUCAAUUCAAAUUCUAAAUGGGCUAAAUUUGUAGAUUAUGGUAAUGAUGAACAAUAUGAUAUAUCAAAGACAGAGACUUUAUCGUCAAAUGUCCUGGAUAUAAAGGGUUUAGAAUCUGAUUCAAUUGAUGUGAGUACUAGAAAUGGUUAUAUGAAUCAAAUAAAUAGAAAGAAUAAUGAGGAAAUAGAUAAGAGAAAGAAAUCUAAUAAUUUUAUAGAAAGCAAAUUUGAUUUAAGAGAUCAUACUAUUUCAAGACACAAUAGAAAUAUAGAUACAAAUGCUAAUGAGGAAAAACAUUCAAACAAAUCAGUUAAUUGUAAAAAUAAUUAUAAUUUAGACAUAAAUGAUAUCUUUAAAACUCAGAAUGUAUCACAGAGAAAAAAUAACAAUUUAUUCUCUUUAUGUGAAGAUGAUGAAAUUGAUAAUGUCUUAGAAUUUUAA